AUGCGCAGUUCUGGUGUGGGGUUAUUAGAACCCUGCAAUACCAACAUACGAGGGUGUGAUCUCUUCAGUUCUAUUCUAGGGUUAUUAGAUUCCUGCAAGACAAACAUAACAGUGUGUGAUCACUUCAGUUCUGGUCUAGGGUUAUUAGAUUCCUGCAGCACCAACAAAGGAGUGUAUGAUCAUUUCAGUUCAGGACUAUGGCUAUUUCAUUCCUGCAGCACCAACAUAGGAGUGUAUGAUUACUUCAGUUCUGGUCUAGGGUUAUUAGAUUCCUGCAGCACCAACAUAGGAGUGUAUGAUCACUGCAGUUCAGGUCCAGUGUUAUUAGAUUCCCGCAGCACCAACACAGGAGUGUAUUAUCACUUCAGUUCAGGUCUAGGGCUAUUAGAUUCCUGCAGCACCAACAUAGGAGUGUAUGAUCACUGCAGUUCAGGUCUAGGGCUAUUAGAUUCCUGCAGCACCAACAUAGGAGUGUAUGAUUACUUCAGUUCUAGGCUAGGGUUAUUAGAUUCCUGCACCACCAACAUAGGAGUGUAUGAUCACUUCAGUUCUGGUCUAGGGUUAUUAGAUUCCUGCAGCACCAACAUAGGAGUGUAUGAUCACUUCAGUUCAGGUCUAGGGUUAUUAGAUUCCAGCAGCACCAACAUAGGAGUGUGUGAUCACUGCAGUUCAGGUCUAGUGUUAUUAGAUUCCUGCAGCACCAACAUAGGAGUGUGUGAUCACUGCAGUUCAGGUCUAGGGCUAUUAGAUUCCUGUAGCACCAACAUAGGAGUGUGUGAUCACUGCAGUUCAGGUCUAGUGUUAUUAGAUUCCUGCAGCACCAACAUAGGAGUGUAUGAUCACUUAAGUUCUGGUCUAGGGUUAUUAGAUUCCUGCAGCACCAACAUAGGAGUGUAUGAUCACUUCAGUUCUGGUCUAGGGUUAUUAGAUUCCUGCAGCACCAACAUAGGAGUGUAUGAUCACUUCAGUUCUGGUCUAGGGUUAUUAGAUUCCUGCAGCACCAACAUAGGAGUGUGUGAUCACUGCAGUUCAGGUCUAGGGCUAUUAGAUCCCUGCAAGACAAACAUAGGAGUGUGUGAUCACUGUAGUUCUGGUCUAGGGUUAUUAGAUUCCUGCAAGACAAACAUAGGAGUGUGUGAUCACUGCAGUUCAGGUCUAGUGUUAUUAGAUUCCUGCAGCACCAACAUAGGAGUGCAUGAUCACUUCAGUUCUGGCCUAGGAUUAUUAGAUUCCUGCAGCACCAACAUAAGAGAAUGUGAUCACUGCAGUUCUGGUCUAGGAUUAUUAGAUUCCUGCAGCACCAACAUAGGAGUGUGUGAUCACUGCAGUUCGGGUCUGGGGAUAUUAGAAUCCUCCAGUACCAACAAAAGAGGAUGUGAUCAAUUCAGUUCUGAUCUAGGGUUAUUAGAUUCGCACAAGACCAACAUAGGAGUAUGUGAUCACUUCAGUUCUCGUCAAGAGGUAUUAGAACCCUGCAGUACCAACUUAGGAUUGUGUGACGACUUCAGUUCUGGCCUAGGGUUAUUAGAUCCCUCCAGCACCAACAUAAGAGAGUGUGAUCACUGCAGUUCUGGUCAGGGGUUAUUAGAUCCAUCCAGUACCAACAUAAAAGUGUGUGAUCACUGCAUGCACAGUUCUGGUGUGGGGUUAUUAGAACCCUGCAAUACCAACAUACGAGGGUGUGAUCUCUUCAGUUCUAUUCUAGGGUUAUUAGAUUCCUGCAAGACAAACAUAACAGUGUGUGAUCACUUCAGUUCUGGUCUAGGGUUAUUAGAUUCCUGCAGCACCAACAAAGGAGUGUAUGAUCACUUCAGUUCAGGACUAUGGCUAUUUCAUUCCUGCAGCACCAACAUAGGAGUGUAUGGUCACUUCAGUUCUGGUCUAGGGUUAUUAGAUUCCUGCAGCACCAACAUAGGAGUGUAUGAUCACUGCAGUUCAGGUCCAGUGUUAUUAGAUUCCCGCAGCACCAACACAGGAGUGUAUGAUCUCUUCCGUUCAGGUCUAGGGCUAUUAGAUUCCUGCAGCACCAACAUAGGAGUGUAUGAUCACUGCAGUUCAGGUCUAGGGCUAUUAGAUUCCUGCAGCACCAACAUAGGAGUGUAUGAUUACUUCAGUUCUAGGCUAGGGUUAUUAGAUUCCUGCACCACCAACAUAGGAGUGUAUGAUCACUUCAGUUCUGGUCUAGGGUUAUUAGAUUCCAGCAGCACCAACAUAGGAGUGUGUGAUCACUGCAGUUCAGGUCUAGUGUUAUUAGAUUCCUGCAGCACCAACAUAGGAGUGUGUGAUCACUGCAGUUCAGGUCUAGGGCUAUUAGAUUCCUGUAGCACCAACAUAGGAGUGUGUGAUCACUGCAGUUCAGGUCUAGUGUUAUUAGAUUCCUGCAGCACCAACAUAGGAGUGUAUGAUCACUUCAGUUCAGGUCUAGGGCUAUUAGAUUCCUGCAGCACCAACAUAGGAGUGUAUGAUCACUUCAGUUCAGGUCUAGGGCUAGGGCUAUUAGAUUCCUGCAGCACCAACAUAGGAGUAUGUGAUCACUUCAGUUCUGGUCAAGAGGUAUUAGAACCCUGCAGUACCAACUUAGGAUUGUGUGACCACUUCAGUUCUGGCCUAGGGUUAUUAGAUCCCUCCAGCACCAACAUAAGAGAGUGUGAUCACUGCAGUUCUGGUCAGGGGUUAUUAGAUCCAUCCAGUACCAACAUAAAAGUGUGUGAUCACUGCAUGCGCAGUUCUGGUGUGGGGUUAUUAGAACCCUGCAAUACCAACAUACGAGGGUGUGAUCUCUUCAGUUCUAUUCUAGGGUUAUUAGAUUCCUGCAAGACAAACAUAACAGUGUGUGAUCACUUCAGUUCUGGUCUAGGGUUAUUAGAUUCCUGCAGCACCAACAAAGGAGUGUAUGAUCAUUUCAGUUCAGGACUAUGGCUAUUUCAUUCCUGCAGCACCAACAUAGGAGUGUAUGAUUACUUCAGUUCUGGUCUAGGGUUAUUAGAUUCCUGCAGCACCAACAUAGGAGUGUAUGAUCACUUCAGUUCUGGUCUAGGGUUAUUAGAUUCCUGCAGCACCAACAUAGGAGUGUGUGAUCACUGCAGUUCAGGUCUAGGGCUAUUAGAUCCCUGCAAGACAAACAUAGGAGUGUGUGAUCACUGUAGUUCUGGUCUAGGGUUAUUAGAUACCUGCAAGACAAACAUAGGAGUGUGUGAUCACUGCAGUUCAGGUCUAGUGUUAUUAGAUUCCUGCAGCACCAACAUAGGAGUGCAUGAUCACUUCAGUUCUGGCCUAGGAUUAUUAGAUUCCUGCAGCACCAACAUAAGAGAAUGUGAUCACUGCAGUUCUGGUCUAGGAUUAUUAGAUUCCUGCAGCACCAACAUAGGAGUGUGUGAUCACUGCAGUUCGGGUCUGGGGAUAUUAGAAUCCUCCAGUACCAACAAAAGAGGAUGUGAUCAAUUCAGUUCUGAUCUAGGGUUAUUAGAUUCGCACAAGACCAACAUAGGAGUAUGUGAUCACUUCAGUUCUCGUCAAGAGGUAUUAGAACCCUGCAGUACCAACUUAGGAUUGUGUGACCACUUCAGUUCUGGCCUAGGGUUAUUAGAUCCCUCCAGCACCAACAUAAGAGAGUGUGAUCACUGCAGUUCUGGUCAGGGGUUAUUAGAUCCAUCCAGUACCAACAUAAAAGUGUGUGAUCACUGCAUGCACAGUUCUGGUGUGGGGUUAUUAGAACCCUGCAAUACCAACAUACGAGGGUGUGAUCUCUUCAGUUCUAUUCUAGGGUUAUUAGAUUCCUGCAAGACAAACAUAACAGUGUGUGAUCACUUCAGUUCUGGUCUAGGGUUAUUAGAUUCCUGCAGCACCAACAAAGGAGUGUAUGAUCACUUCAGUUCAGGACUAUGGCUAUUUCAUUCCUGCAGCACCAACAUAGGAGUGUAUGGUCACUUCAGUUCUGGUCUAGGGUUAUUAGAUUCCUGCAGCACCAACAUAGGAGUGUAUGAUCACUGCAGUUCAGGUCCAGUGUUAUUAGAUUCCCGCAGCACCAACACAGGAGUGUAUGAUCUCUUCCGUUCAGGUCUAGGGCUAUUAGAUUCCUGCAGCACCAACAUAGGAGUGUAUGAUCACUGCAGUUCAGGUCUAGGGCUAUUAGAUUCCUGCAGCACCAACAUAGGAGUGUAUGAUUACUUCAGUUCUAGGCUAGGGUUAUUAGAUUCCUGCACCACCAACAUAGAGUGUAUGAUCACUUCAGUUCUGGUCUAG